AUGGAAGGCAUCAACGCAGACACCAAGCUCGAAUCGCUCUCCGACGCACAGCGUCACGAGCUCGCCGAGAAGCUUCGGUCCGAAUCCACCUCGAACCAACCCCUCAUUUCCGCCGUCGAGCCGAUCGAAGUGCUUCAGACCGAGUACGCCUCGAACGAUGCCUUCCUGGGCAAGAUCAAGUGGCUCAAGGACGAAGCGGGCUUCAUCGGCAUUCGUCGCGCCAAGGGCGACGGCGACUGCUUCUACCGCGCCUUUGCCUUUGCCUUCAUCUACAAGAUCAUGACCAUGAAAGACCGACCCAUGCACCAUUUCACGGUCAAGCACGUCGAGUCGACGCUCUCCAUCCUCAAGCAGGCGGGGUACGACGAGGAGGUGUAUACGGACUUCUACGAGCCACUGCGUAGUCUGUUGAACCGGAUGUAUUCGACGGACCCGGAGACGAAGGAGUUGAACGAGCACGCGCUCGUGGACGCCAUGAACGAUCCCGAACAGUCCAACUCCAUCGUCGUCUACCUGCGUUUGCUGACCAGCGCGUUCCUCAAGAUCAACGCGGACGAGUACACACCUUUCCUCUUCAGCCUGGAUAAUGGGAGCGAUGCGUCGCCGCCGGACAUGCAGAGCUUCUGCGCCAAUCAAGUCGAGGCGAUCGGCAAAGAGGCGGAUCAUGUUCAGAUCACCGCUCUUUCCCGAGCCCUCAAGGUCUCGCUCGACGUAGCCUACCUCAGCCCGCAACAUGCGCCACCCGAGACGCCGUUGGAUGAGGACUUCCCCGCCGAACAGAUUUCGAAAUCCGAGAGCGAGUCGAUAGCCGUCCCCGGCGAGGCGGCCGAGGCGCGUCGUGCAGCGGAGGAGCACCCCGAUAGAUGCGACGUGGUGCGCUUCGAGGUCGAGGGAGGUCAAAUCACCGAGAUCGGUACCAUGUUGUUGCGUCCCGGCCAUUACGAUUUGCUGGUCGAGGCGCCGGUACCUGCCUCGCCUGAGCCCGAGAUUCCGGCUCUACCAUCCACAUAA